AUGAAUUAUUAAGACCCUACUAUUUUGGCAUUAAAAUAAUAGAAUGUUGAACAGCAGAGAUAAAUAGAAUAAUUGAUGGGGAGAGUCAAUAUGCUCAUUAAAUAAUAAUAACUAUUGAGACCUCCAAAUAAAAAAUUAGAAAUUGUGUAUAAAAAGAAAAAACUUCAUGACGAAAUAGUAGAUGAACUAAAAUCGGCUAAGGAAUCUCUUUAUGAUCCACUGACUGAGAAAAGGAAAAAGGAUGAUAACUUUAUCAAGAGGUUCCAACUCAAUAAGGCGAUUAAAACAGCCAAAGCACAAGUCGAAAAGGAACGUGAAGAACAGGCUAAUUAUAUGAAGAAGAUUAGUAGCAUUCAUUAGAAAUCGAUCGAAGAACAGAAACUAUAGAUGUAUUAGGAAAAAAGAACAAACAGGAAUAAAGUCUAAUUAAAUGAAUUUUAAUCUAAAUACAAUUAUUAAUUAUAUUGGGAUGAGAGAGUAAAGAAAUUUGAAUAAGAGUAAAAAAGUGUUAAGCAUCAGCUAUCUAAAUCUAUGAUGGAUUAAGAAAAUUUAAUGAAUUAUUUGGAACAAUAAGAAACACUAUUAUUGGGAAGAUUGCAAUAGAGUAAGUCUUCUCAAUAGUUCUUAUAAUAAAAAUUAGAAGAUGCCUAAAGAUUAAAGGCGAAAGAUUUUGAAUAAAAAUAUGGGAAGCCCAAAGAAUCCAAGUUUUAAUAAGUACUAGAUAUCAAGGCUAAAUGA